AUGUACGGAGAGACAACCCUAGAACUAGAAUCUGACUUGGCUUUUCUUGAGUCCAUUCGCCACCAUCUUCUUGAUGAUUUGGAGCCUCAGGCAGUGAGUUUUACCGGAAAUAAUGUCCCGGUGAUUUUCCCUCUUUUCGCGAUGGAGAAUUGGUGGGAGUCGUCUCUUAAAGCCGAACACGUGGACAACGACGUGCAGGGCUUGCUUGGAGCUUUGAAUGACGUAAAUUACGUCGGAUGUGUUGUGUCCGAUGACAAGAUUGAAUUGAAGGAACAAAAAUUCGCUGCGGAGAUAAGGGAUCCGGCAAAGAACGGCGCGAGAGUGUGGCUUGGGACUUAUGAGAAGCCAGAGGACGCGGGGCUGGCUUAUGAUCGAGCCGCUUUUAAGAUGCGCGGCUGUAAAGCCAAGCUGAAUUUUCCUCACUUGAUUGGCUCGAGUAACGUGGAGCCCGUCCGAGUGACCCCUAAGCGGCGCCGCUCGCUUGACCUCUCCUCUUCGUCGUCCUCAUCGGAUAAUGGGUCUCCCAAGCCAAAGCUAAGCAAGGGUGGGGUUGAUAAUCACUUGGCAGCUUGA